AUGGUCUCCUGUAGAGGUUCCGAUGCAAAGGCGAUAGUCCGUAUCCUCACCGAGAGAUUUAUGGUAUCAAGUUUAUCUGUCGCAAGUCUACUUGGAGUAGCUGGUUUCGCCUUCGCCCUCAAAGACGGCAGAUUCCGCAACCUAAAUCUCUUCUCCGGUAGAAACGAAGACGCCGGAGAUGAUUCGUUUCUCGUACCUGGCCUUCAAAAUCUCGGCAACAAUUGUUUCCUCAACGUCAUCCUUCAGGCUCUCGCGAGCUGCAAAGAUUUUCGGAGUUUUCUUCAAUGGGUUUUGGAGGAUGCGAGAGAAGAAGACGAUGAACAGCUUCCUCUUACUUUCGCUUUGUCUAGUUUAUUAAAAGAGCUCUCCAAAGUUGGAAGAAGACAAUCAGUAUCUAACCCUCGUAAUGUCAUGUCGGCAUUGACUGAUUAUGUCAGAAAUUUCAAUUUGACAAGCCAACAGGAUGCAGCAGAGGCUCUUCUUCAUCUGAUUUCUUCUUUGCAAGAAGAGAUUGUAGGUUGUUAUCGUCCCACAAAUAGUAGCAAUCUAUCGGAUAUAAUGUUUUCUCGAAACUUGAGAAUGGUUGCGCCUAGUGAAGGUCUCCAUGGAUUGAUAGAGCUCAAGAGGUGGCAUAAACAUUUGCGUGGACCGUUCGAUGGGAUUCUUGGUAGUACAUUGAUGUGUCGAAUUUGUUCGUCUCAGAUAUCGUUGGAGUUUCAGUUUUUUCAUACUUUGUCUCUUUCUCCUUUACUCCAUCCUGGUGGUGGUUCCAACAUUAUGUUCGGAUGCACAUUGGAGAACUGCUUGAAGAAGUUCCUUGACGCCGAGAAAGUGGAAAACUACUUCUGCCAUAGAUGCUGGCAUGGUGCUGCACUCAAAUAUUUAACUGUGACAGGAGCAGCUGAGACAGAUAUCGAAAAACUCAAGAGCUGUAGCGGAGAAGACCAAUGUGACUGUAAAACAUCUCUUCAUCUUGAAAGAAUGCCAUGGUCAAAUAGCUAUUCCCAUAUACUGAAGCAAUUAAUCAUUGCCCGUUUCCCAAAGCUUCUAUGUAUUCAAGUGCAACGUGCUUCGUUAGACAUGUUUGGAGAAUCUGUCAAGCUAACGGGACAUAUCGCAUUCCCGCUUGUCCUGGACCUCUCCUUGUUCACACCGUCUUCGAUAGGAUUGAACAUAGAAAAUAUUCAGAUGUCAGAGUACCAAAAGCCAGAAACAUCAAGUAACAGCGGCAUGUAUUAUAGGCUUGUGACGGUGGUUGAACAUUUUGGUAGAACCGGAAGCGGACAUUAUACUGUUUAUAGAAGUGUGAGAGUAGCGUCAGAAUCAGAGGAAGGGGAAGAAGAUUGUGAGGAUGUGAGCUGGUUUAGUAUAUCUGAUUCUGAAGUUUCUCGAGUUUCAGAGAGUGAUGUUCUUGGUGCCGAAGCUAGCUUGCUCUUCUAUGAGAGGCUUUGA